UUGGUAAAAGCCAAAAUGACGAGAAAGAAAAGUGAACGGAUAUUGACUGACUCCUGGAUAACAUGAACGGACCAUAACUUACUCUCAGAAAUGAUCAUUCAGCUUCCCCCAUCUCUACUGAGAUUGAUCCAUAUUUCAAUUCCCGCGGCUUUUUCUUGUUUCUUUUAAUCCAACCCACUUGUAAUCUAAUAUUUUAGAUCGUGAUGGAGGAAGAUGUUAGCAGCCCAAUUGGAAUUACUAGAAUGAAGCAAACAAGCUUUAUAGACUUGAGUAAGAAAAGGAAAUUGCAAGAUGAACAACUAAUCAUGCCUUUGCCAAAGCAUAUCUGCUCGAAUCGAAGCCUUGAAUGUAACUCUGAGCCAUGCCUAACUAUGGGAGAAAUUAAUGGAUUGGCAAGAGAAUAUGAAACAUAUACAGAAUCUGCAAAAGAUAGAAAUAGCUUUACCAGAGAUUCUGACUCUGUCAAUUCUAUAUCUGGUGAAGCGAAGAGUGACCUUGGAUCUCCCAAAACAUUCUCAUCUGAUCAGGCUUCCACUUCUUCCGUUAGUUCGGAUUCUUUUAAGAAUAGUCUUUAUUCUUUGGAGAGCAGAUCAUUGACAAAAUCAUGUUCUAGUAAAGUUGCAUCAUCUAAUUUCAGUGGGGAAGAUGAUUGCCCUCAUCAUAAUUUCGGACUGUAUCCAUCUGUGAAUUAUGAGGAACAUCUCCUAGAAUUAACAAACCACGUGGACUGCAGUUGCUCAGAAUACAGGAUCGAUGGCUUUGGGCAUUCUACAGAUAAGGAACUUGAAGACAUGCUCUACUUAAAUGAUGUGGCUUCCAGCAGUUAUGUUCUUUCAUCUGGAAGGUGGACUGUCAACCAAGAUGCAGAUACUCAACCAGGGACGAAGAAGCUGACCAUUGACAAGGAGUUUGAACAGUACUUUUCCAUGCUUAUGCUGUGACAAAGAUCAAUCAUACAGGGACGGCUAAAUUUAUGGAUAUUUAUGUCAGUUUAUAGCCCGUAAGAUGACCACCGUGAGAAUAAAGAUUCCCUUAAUUGAUCCAACCUGUAUUGUUGUAUUGUAAUUGAACAUAAUAAUCUUUAUGGAACAACUUCUGUUCUUCCUCGUUACGUCAUCCUGUUUUUUUCUUUUCUUUUUGUUGUGAGGGAUUUGUGUUGUGGUUGCUAAGGAAAAAAGAACUCCACAACAGCACAAAAAGGGAAUGAAAUGUACAACUCCUUUGCCA